AUGUCCCGGUCCACUUCGACGAACUUCUCGAGGCAUCGUACUUUGCCCUCUUCUGUGGCGACCGGGCGGCCAACUUUGACUCGGUCUCUCUUUGACUGGAAAUCAUUGCGCCCCAUUGCGCCCCAUCCCUCCCAUCCACCCCAUCCGCAUCCUAUCCCUCUGAACAUCCGUCCACCCCAUCCCUCUCAUCCACCCAUCCCAACCCUCCCAUCCCUCCCCAUCUCCCCCAUCCCUCCCAUCCGUCCCAUCCCUCCUCCCAUCCCUCCCAUCCCUCUCAUAUCUCCCAUCCUCGCAUCCUCCCCAUCCUUCCCACCCCUCCCACGCCUCCCUUGCCUCCCAUCCCCCACAUGGCAUUCGCUUUGCCAAGGGGCUCUCAUCGAUUCGCCUCAUGCUGCUGUUGGGUGCUGCCUCACAGAUAACCGUGCUCGUGCUCACAUGGGUCUUUCAGAGCAGCUUGUCAGACCUCCUUUGCUCAAAUCCGCUCCUCCCUCCAUCGUCCCUCCCCACCCUCCUUGCAGACCCAUCUCCCAGCCAGCAGCAUUCGCGCUGGUGUUCAGCUGUGCACUGCUCGUUCAAUCCGAAUCUCAUGCUGCCCGUUUCUGCACUCUCCUCAUCCCUCCAUCCAUCCACCCUCCCCACCCUCCUUGCAGACCCAUCUCCCAGCCAGCAGCAUUCGCGCUGGUGUUCAGCUGUGCACUGCUGUGGGGAAUCGGCGCCACCGCAUUUCAGUCCCAAAUCACUGCGCUCCUGCCUUUGGACGCAGCAUACGCGCAUUGGAUCGCGUGGAGAAGUGCGGCCUGCUCCGCCUACUUCCUCGCCAGCCCAUACAUCGCCACGCCCGUCAAAAACUCCCUCCUCCUUGCGUUCUGCCUCCUCUCUGUCGUCCUCGCUGCCAUUGCUGUCAGAAUCAGACCACCAGGACAGGCGAAGCCAUGUGAAGGGGUGUGA